UUGCAGCCGCCGUCGGGUGAUGUGGGGCAUGUCGGAAGCGGAGCGUUGUUGAUCCAUUUAAGUUGCACCACGGUCCACGGCAGAUGCACUCCAAACCGCGUAUGGAGUUGAGUGCUAAUAGCUACAAGCCUCAUCACAAUUCACUUGUUCAUGACGUCGUGGACGCCGUCUGUCUUUCUUUCUUUGGCUGUUCUGCACGUGAGAAAUAAUCUGUUUUACGGUGGCCUGGGGUCAUCAGUCAUUGUCGUCUUCCAUUCCACAUGCAAACGUAAUUUCAGAAGAGUCGUAGGGCGGCACGUAGUCGAAGGUAAUUCAAACAAAAAUCAUGACCAAGUUAGUCCCAAAGUCCAAGGUCAGAGAUUUAACCUUUCGAAAAUCCCUGCCUCUAUCUCAGCCCCGAGACAGCCAUGGUAUUGAUAUUGCAAGCAGCGUGACCUCUCCUCGUAAGUUCUCUUCCGGGUAGGCAUGUUGAGUCGGAGC